AUGUUUGCGAGUGAAAAUGUCCUCCUCAAGAGGGGCUUCGUCGUGGCGGCACAAAACACAUCAUCUUCGUCGUCGAGACGAACGAACGCGCGUGUGCACGUCAAGCGGCAUCCGCGAAGAAGACAAUCGCACAAAAACGAGAGGUCAUCAAAAACGCUCGUUGUCACGAACAUGGCGAAACCACCGUCAAACUCGGCGGUAUCAAACAUUCGCGUGGAAAAAUCCGAGGUGAAACCCGGGUGCGUGGUGGAGUUAUCCGUGGCGGUCCCGAUGGAUGUUUUGGCCAUAAGCUACGAAAACGCGAUCGACGAAGCCGUCGCGCAAGCGGAAAUUCCAGGGUUUGAAGCGCCGAAGAAAAAAGACGGGUCGAGAAAGAAAAGUGAUACGAAGAGACCACCGAUGAAUAUGCUUUUGAAAGCGGUCGGGAAGGAUACGUUUUUGCAACUGUGCAUCGAGGAUACGUUGCAGAACACGUUGCCGCAAGCGAUGCAAUUCGUCGCCAAGGAAGCGAUCCAGGAUUCGGAAACGAUCGCGACGACGCCGAGACAGCUAGCGGAAGCGUUUGGUGGGCCAGAGUGUACGCCGUCGAAAGAGCUGGAAUACGUGAUUAAGAUUUGUGUGCAACCGACGGUGCAGUGGACGAAAAAUAUCGACAGUUUGGAGGCGACGUACGUCAGCCCGGGGAACGACGAAACCGAUAAGAGAGACGCGGAGACGUUGUUUGAGAACCGAUUGAGAGAUUUGGCGACGAUGCGAGUGAUCGCGGAUAGAGGAUUAGAGGAAGGCGAUGUUGCCGUGAUUGAUAUUAAUGCGAUGGAUACGAGCGGGAACUCGUUGCCGGGGAUUGAAACGAAAGAUUUUCGAUUGGAUACGGCGACGACGGAUUUGAAAUUACCCGGGUUGAUGGAACAAAUCGUCGGGAUUAAAACGGGAGAGGAGAAAGAUUUCAACUUAUCUUUUCCGGAAGAUUGGUCGGUCAAAUCUGUCGCCGGUAAAACAGCAAUGUUCACCGUCAAAGUGAACGAGUUGUUUUCGCGAGAGAUGCCGACGUUGUCGGACGACAUCGCCGAGGACAUUUUUACCGGGUCAAAAACCGUCGACGAGGCGAAAGCGCAAAUCCUGGAGGCGCAGAAAAUGUCUCGAGAAGUCGAAGAGAAGAUUGUGAAAGACGAAGCCGUGUUAGACGCGUUAGCGGCGGCGUGCUCGUGUGAAAUUCCGGAAUCUGUGUUGAGAGAACAAUCCGAAAACAUGUUUGGCGAACACUUGACCCAAAUGCAAAUGGAAGGUAAAAUGUCCAUGAAAGCGAUUCAAGCGUUAGCCUCGGAGAAAAACAUGAACAAGUUCGUCACGGAAAGAGCCGAGGAGAUUAAACUCAUUUGUAGAAGAACCAUCGCGUGCGAAGCGUUGUUCACUGAAAAAAAUAUGGUCAUCACGCAAGGCGAACUUUCCGACGAAUUGAAAAACCAGGUGAAAGAUCUCGAGGCGCAAGGCAUCGAAUACGACGAAGAGAGAAUGAUUCAAAACGCGCGAGCGGCGUUGGAGGCGGCAAAGACUAUUCAAUGGUUGAGAGAUAACGUGAAAUUGACCGAAUUGCCACCUUUAGAAAGAUCCUCCGCGUAG